AUGGAUGCUUCUCAGUAUCCUGGCUAUCCUCCUCAAUACUGGUAUCCACAGUCUCAUCCUACUGGUCAUUAUGCAAACAGUUACCCUGCUGGGUCAGGAGUUCAGCCGCAGUACAAUCCACAGGUCAUGCCUGGUUAUCCAAAUGGCCAUGGUGUCUACAACCCACCACAGACCCACGAUCUGCACCAGGGCCCUAUCCAAAUCCUGGUUGCCCAGCAGAGCAAAGCAGUGGGUCCUCUGGGCAAGCACUUUCCCAGCACCAACAUCAUCACUAUCCUGGACCUCACUGUCAAGGGGGUCCAGGAUAUCCUCCUGGAGCUUAUCCACACUACAGUGAAGGUGGUCACCACCAAUUGCCUUCAAACCCUCCCUAUCCUACUGGCCAGCCGGUUCAAAGCCCGUCUCCUGAAGCUUGGACACACUCUGGCGCAUAUGCCCCUCCACAGCAGCAAUGGUCUUCUGGUCAACAACCUCCACAAAAUCCUUAUGGAAAUCCAGUGCGUCCUCCUCAUCCUCCUGCAUGGCCAGGGACGGGCACAGGUGCACCUCCGCCAUACCAGCCCAAGGAACAGCGCCCACCACCUGUUGGACCAAAACCCAAGAUGA